AUGACUGAGGUAGUGCUCAAUCAGAUAACGCAAGGGCAAAACAUUAGGCAAGAACCACCUAGAGGAGGAAAUCAAAGAUGUCAGUAUGAGAAAGUUUUAGUUUACAAAUACCCUAAUUUUAUGGGAACAGAAGGACUUUUGAGGGCCAAUAAGUGGCUGGUGGACUUGGAGAGAACCUUCUACAUCAGUGGAUGCACGGAGGAACAAAAGACAUCCAAGCAGCAGAAAGCCCUAGAUUUUGUGAACUUGACCCAAGGUAGCAUGACAGUUGAUCAAUAUGCUGCUCGUUUUAUGGAAUUAGGAAGAUUUGCACCUCAUCUUAUUGGUACGGAGAAGAUGCAAGCGAAGAAGUGUCAGGAUGGUUUGCAACCCCGUAUUCGAAACCAAGUAGCCUGCUUGCGGAUAGAGAAUUUCCAAGAACUGGUCAAUUUGGCUUCAAUAACAGAAGCGGAACAACGAAGACUGAUCGCUCAGGCCCAAGCGGAUCGAAAAAGAGGACUGCCUUAUUCUUCUAGAGGAAGUAUGGAAAAAAGGAAGAACACACCUGGAGGAGUAGUAAUGCCGAAUGGCAAAGUAAAGACCCCUGUGAAGGCUAAGAUCUAUGACAUUACACCGGGAGAAGUAGACCUAGAAGCCGACGAGAUGGCAGACGCGAGAGUGAUUACUGGUAACAUUUCCAACUUUGCCUUAACUGAUAGCUAG